UUUUUUGCGCCGGCCGCCGGAUGCUGACCGUCCCGGGCGUGGCGGGACGUGGAUGAUGGCGGCCUCUCCGCCGACUCCGUGCGCUGCGGGGUUUCCAGCCGAGGGGAGAUGCGGGUACUACGUGGAAAAGAAGAAGCGGUUCUGCAGGAUGGUGGCGGCCGCGGGGAAGAGGUUCUGCGGCGAGCACGCCGGCGCCGCGGAGGAAGAAAAUUCUCGAAAAAGAAUCCUGUGUCCUUUAGAUCCAAAACACACAGUAUAUGAAGAUCAACUAGCAAAGCAUUUGAAAAAAUGUAAUGCAAGAGAGAAGCCAAAGCCUGAUUUCUUUAUUCAAGAUAUUAAUGCAGGCUUAAAAGAUGAUACAGAAAUACCUGAACAAUUAGUUCCCAUUUCUUCUCUAUCAGAAGAGCAGUUGGGAAACUUAAUUAACAAAUUGAGAAAAGCAAGUGAAGGUUUGAGUUCCACACUUAAUGAUCACAUCAUGUCUCACCCAGCAUUACAUGAUGCCAUUAAUGACCCUAGAAAUGGGGAUUCUGCAACCAAGCACUUGAAACAACAGGCUUCUAUUUUAGGUAACAUUGAAAAAUUACAGUUACUUGGUCCAAGAAGAUGCUUUGUUGAGUUUGGAGCAGGCAAGGGAAAAUUAUCUCAUUGGGUUGAUGUUGCCUUAAAAGAUGCUGAAAAAGUUCACUUCAUCCUCGUAGAAAAAGUAACUACAAGAUUCAAGGUGGAUGGUAAACACAGAAAGAAAAAUUCAGUGUUCGAAAGACUUCAAAUUGAUAUUCAGCACUUAUGUUUGAACAAGAUUCCUGUUCUAAGAGAAGGGAAACUACCUGUAGUAGGAAUUGGAAAGCAUCUGUGUGGUGUGGCAACAGAUCUUGCAUUACGAUGUUUGGUUGAAACCUAUGCUGCCUGUUAUGAGAAAAGGAAUGAAGAACCUUUAGCCAAACGCAUAAAGAAUGAUAAAACAGAAAAUGAAAUUAACACUUUGGCCAAGGAAGGAAGUGAAAAUAAUGUCCCAGAGAAGUGGACCCCUGUGGCUGGCAUUGUUAUUGCACUCUGUUGUCACCACAGGUGUGAAUGGAGACAUUAUGUGGGCAAAGAAUAUUUCAGGGGUCUAGGCCUUGGAGCAGUGGAAUUCCACUAUUUCCAGCGAAUGAGUAGUUGGGCGACUUGUGGGAUGCGGAAAGCGCCUUUGGAAGACACAGCUGUUACUACAAAGAGCAAAGAUCAUCAAAGUGAUGACAGUGAAGAACAUGAUGAUGGAGAAUAUAGGAUCAGAGAUGACAGCACUGACAAUUUGCCUGGGAUUCUCACUGUUGAAGAAAAGAAGAAGAUAGGGCAUCUUUGUAAACUGCUGAUUGACCAAGGCCGAGUUCAGUAUUUACAGCACAAGGGAUUCAGUCCUGCUUUACAGAACUAUAUAGACCCUUUGGUGUCUCUGGAAAAUGUAUUGUUAACGGCUUUACCAAUUCCUUCUUCUUCACUACAAACAACUGGUUAAGGGAAAAGAAAUUCAGAUAUCUCCUGUCUUCCAGAAAAGAAAAUUUUUACACAUACAAAAAUAUAAAUAGCAGACAAUACAAACUUUAUAAAUACUGUAGCCUCAUUAAACUUUGGCAAAACAUUGUUUUUUUACUUCAGAAGUCCAGAGAAUUCACCAAAUUCUUAAUCCUCUUCACCAGGGCAUUUUGAAUUACAUUAUCCAUCAGUAUUUAUAGACAUUAAUAAAGCAGUUGAACAGUUGACUUGCUGAUCUGAAACAAACAUAACACACCAAACACACAAUUAACAUAUGAACUUUCUAUUUGCAUUCAUUUGGGAAAUUUAUUUUCCUUUUGUUUUAUUUCUCAAGCUCAAAAUGUUAACUAUCAAUUGAGUUUGUAACAAAUACCAAUCUGAAUAUUUGCCUUUCCAUGUGGAUGUUUUUCUAUGCAGAUCUUUAAAGGCUAAUCAGUUGUGCUGGACAUUGGUGGCUUAUGCCUGUAAUCCUAGUUACUCAGGAGGCUGAGAUCUGAAGAUCAAAA